AUGUCCAAGUCUACAUCCUUACUUGUCACCAGUCAAACCUAUGCCUCAUGGGAGAUCCCACCAGCCAAGGACGACCAAGUCUGCCCUCAUGCUUCGGUAAAAAACAUCCUCAGACAAGAGGCUGACGGGAAAGAGUUUCUUGGCUGGGAAGGUGUGGAUGGGAUGGCCAUACUCUUUGACGAUAACCCAACUCCCAACCACGAACAAUGUUACUCGACCAAGAGCAAGCGAGCGACUAUGGAGUUCCCUUCGCCACGAGACCAGUCCGCUGCCAUACCGUCAAUCAAACUCAACAAGAGAGGGCAGCCAAGCAAUCCCAAAGACAACUUUGGCUCUAUGCGCCUGAGACCAAACGAUGCACUUCGCUACGGCGCCGAUCUGUUUGUUGAAGAGAGAUUUGAUCAACGUCUUGGUGAGAUUAACUGCGACAACGGACGAUGCAACUCAUGUCUUGAUGUCGAGGAGACGAGAAACUGCUGCGGCUGUGUUUGCAUGCAAUGCAAAUGGAGAGCUCGAGCUGAUAUGCCACCAUGUUCAAAGUGCACCUCUGAGGAUGACAGGGAUGAAGAAGAUUGGCCUGGUCCCAAUGCAAUCUUGAAACGGGACCAGAUGGAAGGUGACGCCCUCCCCGAGAAAAAAGUUGGGGGUGAGUCUGUUGAUCACUUGAACGAUUUGCACGCUCGUGCAGGUGUCGUGAAAGAUGCCUGGAAGGAUGUCUAUUUCCCCAAGGAUGUGAUGAAGGUAUGGGACGGAGUGGAUGGCGGUAUUUACGACUCGAUUUCUCGCUACUGGGGAAACAGCUCAGCCGACUGUGUUGACUGGAGUAUCGGGGCUAAACGUACUCGCGAUCAGACCUAUGUGGGCAACGGCGUUUUCCUUCCAUCGGCUUAUCAAACGGAGCAUGUUUACGAGGGACAGAACCUAGGUUAA